AUGCUGCUGCAGGGCUCCGGCACACCGGCGCCCACAAGUUUCGCGCGUCUCCUGAACCCGUUUCCCGAGCUGAGGAAGUUUACUGUGUGCUACCGCAUCCGCAUGCACCGCUACCGGGAGGAGGACGAUAUAAAUAUAUAUGGAGGACCGCUCCUGUCAUAUGCCUUGCUUGAUACUGAUAGCAGCGCUCUCAAGAUUGAUCACAGGCUGUAUGGCUACCAGGUGUGCCUGAGUAGCAUUUGUGCAACGUCCAAUGUGAUCACUCCACUGUGGUACUGGAGUCACUUUUGCUUCACUUUCGACGACUCUGACAAGUCCUGGACUUUCUACAUGAAUGGAGUAAAGGAAGCCGGAGAUAAACUAUAUAACUUUUCCAAAGUGAUUUUUGGAAAUGGAGCCUUUGUCAUUGGCCAACAACAAGAUAAUUUCGGAGGUGGUUUCGAAGGAGACAGGAGCUACAGCGGGGAGAUCACACAGCUCAACUUUUGGCACCGAGUUUUAGACGCAUCGACUAUCAAAAAUAUCGCCGAAUGCCGUGAUAAAGAUGAAGGUGAUGCCUUGGCGUGGUCAACACUGCGCUGGAAUAGCAGUGGUGAGGUCGAGUGGCUUAAAUUUGGUGGGGAGAUUGGCAUCCCUAUCAACGACGCAGAAAACACUCGGAUGUUCACCGAGACGGUCGGCUGGGCUGAACACUGCUCUAGUUACCUCGGAUCAUCUUACUUGUGGCUUGGGGCUCAGGACGGUAAUGUAGAAGGCCGCUGGGAGCAUUUCGAGUCAAAUGAAACAAUCACGUACCAAGGCCGGUGGCGUGGAGGUGGCCCCAACGGAGGCACUGUCGAAAAUUGCUUGGCGAUGAUGUAUGGUCCUGGCAUCAACGGACUCUGCGUCAAUAACCGGCCUUCACUCACUGGCUACCGGCACUCUGACAUCUUUUGGGACAACGAAACCCAAGCGUGGAAGCUGGCUUCGAAAAAAACGCCGGGGUCCUCGGCUCUGCACAUUCCUGAUUCGCCCUCUGAUUAUCCUUUGGGGAAGAAAACGUGGGAGGUGAAAUCACAAAUUUGCGGAUACAGUCGAGGUGAAAAGGUUCAAUUGACCUUAUCGGCCUGUAUUUUUGGCCAGUACACGUGUGAUGAUGGUUCCUGCAUAGCCUUGCGCAAGAAGUGCGACCUCAGAAUGGAUUGCCCCGACAACAGCGACGAGACGAAAUGCACUCUUCUGAGCAUCCCAGUCGGUUACAGCAACACAAUCCCACCACCACCUCUUGUUCAGAGCGAACCGCUGCCAGUAAAUAUAUCUGUGUUCAUUUCUUCAUUCCCUGGAAUCAAGACUGAAGUUCUCUCCUUCGAAACAAACUUCGUGCUGCUGUUAAUGUGGCAAGAUUCGCGCCUCAAAUUUCUUGACCUGAAAAACGAACGUUCCCUCAACAUGCUGACGCCCGAGGAGGUACAGAAAAUUUGGUUCCCGGAAAUUUUCUUUUACAACGAUGAUGGAAAUCUAUUUUCCAAUCUGGAGCAAGGAUCUCGAGUUGAAUUAAUUGCUGGAGGAACAGCUGUCCAAGGAGGAUCAGACAACUCGGACGAAGCGAACAUAAUCAGUGAAGGUGUUGUUGCGAUGAGCCAGCGGUACAACGUCCAUUAUUCCUGUGAUUUUGAUCUUCUCAUGUUUCCAUUUGACGCCCAG